AACUGGCUUGCAUUGUAGCAUUCCAUGUUUUGUGUCUUGAAACUUGAAAUGAGAAUGAAGAACAGCCAUUUGCUAACGUUGGCUUUGGCAGCUUGUCUGCUAAUUAGUCAAGUCGCAGGUACGACGACCACGGGGAUUCCAACGACUGCCACAGAAGCUCCGACUACCGCUCCAACAACUGCUCCAACAACUGCUCCAACAACUGCUCCAAUUACUGCUGCAACUACUGCCCCAACUACCGCUGCAACUACUGCCCCAACUACCGCUGCAACUACUGCCCCAACUACCGCCUCAACCACCGCUGCAACUACUACCACCGAAGCUCCAACUACUACCACAGAAGCGCCAACUACUACCACAGAAGCUUCAACUACUACUACUGAAGCCCCGACUACUACUACAGAAGCUCCAUCCACUACAACGACUACUGCAGUUCCAACGACUACUACGACUACUGCUGCACCAACUACUACAACGACCACCGCAGCACCAACAACGACUGUGACUACUGCUGCUCCAACGACUACUACAACUGUAGCGCCCACAGCAACAACAGUGGUCCCUAUUGCCGUAACUGUAACCGUUAAUGGAGUCACCAUAACUGUGUCCUCUACCAACAAUUCGUUAGUGAACUUAGUUCUUCAGCUUAUUUCGAGUUUGACAGCGACGACUACUACGAUUGCACCCACAACGAUCACCACGACAACGGCGGCGACUACUACGACCGUUGCUCCAACAACUACUACCACCACUACUGCUGCGCCAACAACCACCACUACUUCUACUACCACCACCACAGCGCCAACUACAACGACCACCACUACCGUGGCACCAACAACAACGACCACUACUACCGCAGCGCCGACUACGACGACCACUACUACCGCCGCAACUACGACCACUACCAGAAGAACGUGUGGAACUCGUGCUCCAAUCGGAGGAUUGGGAGGAGGCUUCGGUAUCGUAGGUGGUCUCGGUCCCAUUGGCUUUGGACUGGGUGUCCGAGGUGGAAUCAGAGGCUUCGGAGCACCGCAGGUCGGAGGCUUCGGAAUCCUGCCAGCCAUUGGUAACGUCGCUCGUACUGUUGUGGGUACUGGCUUGAACGUGGUUGGGUCUGCUGCGAAUCUCGCCGGAAAUGUUGUCGGUGCCGCUGGUAACUUAGCUGGCGGAUUGCUAGGAGGAGUAGGAAGUGCUGCGGCAGGAAUCGGCAGUGGUCUCAAUGCAGGAUUGAAUUCCGGUAUUAGUGGAAGAAUGGGAGUUGGAGUAGGAGCAGGAGUCAGCAGUGGUGUCAAUGCAGGAUUGAAUUCAGGUAUUGGUGGAAGACUGGGAGUAGGAAUCGGCGGACAUAUCCAUGCUGGCGGAAGUAGGAGUGUUGGCAGUGGCGGUUUCGGAGCAGGUUUCGGUGGAGGAAUACGUGUGGGUGUAAUGGGUUAAGCAGUGUUGAUAGAAUGCAUACCAAUGCAAGCAGAUCAUGUGCUUGACAGUCAAAUAAAUAAUUCAUGCAACAUUAUCUAUCAAAUGUUAUACGCUUAUCAAAAAUAGUUAAGGAAGUAUAAUUAAGGCCGCACAGCUCCAUUAACAAAUGAAACUAUUCUCUGACUGCAGUAAUUUUGACGUGGCAUUAUUGAAUUCUUUUAAAAGAUAGUGUGAAUUCGUUGAAGAGAUGAAGGAUUUUUUUCAGUUAAAUCUGAAUCUCUCCAAUUUUAAAAUUCUUAAAUUUAAAAUAGAUGGUCCUCCGUACGGAGAGACAGUCCGGACAGGAUUCUAUGUCUACAUUAGUACAGAAUACAAAGUUUUUCAAGAUGUUUACUGUACUGUAGAAAAUGCUGCCAAAAGUUACGAUAUUUAUGUUGGGUACUGGGUGUCCUGAACCAAAGUGAUACAGCGACGGUAACAAACAAAGACCACUGGAGGUAUUGGAGGCGUAGAGGGUAUGCUGGGACUCGCUGUAAGUGGUGUAUUAUGAGCUUCAUCAGUUAAAUCAGUAAAGAUGUCCAAUGCUAUUGAUGUUCUUCUUCUUCUUCUUCUUCUUCUUUGGCACUACAACCUCGAGAGGUCUCGGCCUGCCGUUCCUGGCUUUCUGUGACUUGGUUUUACCCGUAGCAAAGUAGUCAGCCUUACGUACGGAGAGCGGUCUGGAUGGGAUUUGAACCCCGGCCCUGCCGUGUGAAGACCGGUGCCGCUGUCACCUCGGCCACCGGACCGCCCCAAUGAUGUUAUUGAAUUUGUUUAAUGCUUGUUGGUCAAGUUACGCUAGCAAAUUUCAAAAACACAACCUGUGUGUUGAGCUAGCUUCGUGUAUUGCUGAUUUUUAUAAUCUAAAUACUUUGAUGUGUAUCGGCAAAAGCAACGUUCUGCGAUAAUCAAUAAGGGCAAUUAUAAGAAAGUGAGUUGUUUGUACGGUGUUUUCCAAACAAGUUGUAAAAAGUGUACCUCAACGUGUCAGUGCUGUACAAUGGAGUGGGUUGUAUGCCUUCCGAAUAUGUUUGAAAGCGUGAUCGUUGUAAAAAAAUUGCAACAAACAUGUGAGAACUGAAGAUCAGCUUUGUGUCGAUCAACACACAAGAUUCGAUAAAUAAUUACUCCUUUUGAUGAUUUUACUGCAAGCUUUCGCUCUGGAGCGAUGUGUGAAAGUGAUGUUUUUUGUUUAGUAUAUUUUGGCAAAAAUAUAGCCUUGUGAAUUUCGUAUAUAAAGCAAGGGAAUCGUAGAUUGAUUGUAGCAUUCAAUGUUUUGUGCCAAACUUGUAAUGAGAAUGAAGAACAGCCAUUUGCUAACGUUUGCCUUGGCAGCUUGUCUGCUAAUUAGUCAAGUCGCAGGUACGACGACUACGGGGAUCCCAACGACUACAACCGAAGCUCCAACUACUGCUCCAACUACUACUACGACUACUGCUGCACCGACUACCACCACAACAACUGCUGCUCCAACUACAACAACAACAACUGCUGCUCCAACUACCACCACAACAACUACAGCAGCGCCAACUACUACAACGACCACCGCCGCUCCAACGACGACGACGACUACUACAGUAGCGCCAACUACUACGACUGUGGCCCCUAUUACCGUCACUUUAACCGUCAAUGGAUCAGCUGUGACAGUAUCUUCAACCAGUAAUUCCUUAGUAAACUUAGUUCUUCAGCUUAUCUCGAGUUUGACAGCGACGACUACUACGAUUGCACCCACAACGACCACCACGACAACGGCGGCGACUACUACGACCGUUGCUCCAACAACUACUACCACCACUACUGCUGCGCCAACAACCACUACCACCACGACCACUGCUCCAACAACCACUACAACUACUACUACUACCACCACCACAGCGCCAACUACAACGACCACCACUACCGUGGCACCAACAACAACGACCACUACUACCGCAGCGCCGACUACGACGACCACUACUACCGCCGCAACUACGACCACUACCAGAAGAACGUGUGGAACUCGUGCUCCAAUCGGAGGAUUGGGAGGAGGCUUCGGUAUCGUAGGUGGUCUCGGUCCCAUUGGCUUUGGACUGGGUGUCCGAGGUGGAAUCAGAGGCUUCGGAGCACCGCAGGUCGGAGGCUUCGGAAUCCUGCCAGCCAUUGGUAACGUCGCUCGUAUUGUUGUGGGUACUGGCUUGAACGUGGUUGGGUCUGCUGCGAAUCUCGCCGGAAAUGUUGUCGGUGCCGCUGGUAACUUAGCGGGUGGAUUGCUAGGUGGAGUAGGAAGUGCUGCAGCAGGAAUCAACACUGGAGUUAAUGCAGGAUUGAGCGCUGGUAUUGGUGGUAGAGCGGGCGGACGAAACGGUCGUUUUGGAGCAGGUUUCGGAGGAGGGUUCCGCCUGGGUGUAAUGGGUUAAGCAGUGCAGAUGGAAUGUUUACCUGUGCAAGUGGAUCAUAUGGUCAGCAAAUAAAUGAAGAAUCCAUGCAACAAACAUGAAUUAACAUUUA